GCUAUUAUUCAAGGACAAAAAGAGACGAGAAAACUAAGAUCAGGACGAAUUAGUUAAGACCCCUUAUUACCUAAAGGACUAUACUUUUUGAAUGCACCGUGACUCACUUUUCGCUCUGCAGAGAUGACUGUUAUGAAUUAUAAUAUCCUGUCAUAUAUUCAUUUCUACGACAGUAAAUAAUAAAUAAAAAAUAUAGAAAUCUUCUUUUGUAUUGAGUACGAAAAUGCGGCUUAGAGUCGAAUGACGUUCCUAGAUGGAUGCUGUCUUUACUUGAUGUAAAAGGACUCGUUUUAAUCGUUGGACGUCAGUGAUUAACGGAUUAACGGAUUAAUCAGUGAUUAACGGAUUUGAUGGCGAGCAGAAAUAAAGCUUGAAUGGAAGCCUUCCUUGAACUGCUUUGUGACACACUGCUACUUUAUUCUAUGGAUUUCGGAAGGAGUGAAAGCAAAGUCGACUUUGUCUGGAUUUGAACUCUGACCAUUUUUCGCUGCUUAAUGCUUCUGCCAAUUAACCAAAUUAAUUAAUUAAACACGUUAAUUCAUACGUGAUUGUUAAUUAGCCAUCGUCAUCCUUUUUCAUGUUGAUGUGAAAAUCUAAGUGAGGGUUUCUUGUAAAAUAUACAAGUGAUGUUGAAGCUGAAAAUGUCCAUUCUGAUUUGUGAUUCCUUGAAUCUAUUGUGACAUCUUCGUCAUUGGAUCUCUAUUAAAUAUAAAUAUCAGAUGACAUUGGCGUGAAAGAAUCUAAGUAGACGGUAUCUUCAAAUAUCAACAAAAAUUACAUUCGUUGAAAGUAUAGGAAAAGAGAAUAUUUGUUCGGAAUAAAAAUAUAAGAAUUAAAAGAAGGAAAACAUCUCUGUCUGUUGUGGUGAGAGAUGAAAAAUGAUGGAAGACAAACUACGUGAGAACAAAGUUACAUGUAAGACACAGUCUACAAGUAUGGGCUUCCCUGCUGGUGUAAAGAAACAGAAAGAUAAAACAUUGUGUACAGGAGAGGGUGUGUACAGUUGUGAUGCAGCAGAGAAACCAUAUCAUUGUGAUAUCUGUGGUAAAUCAUUCUCAAGAAAUCAGUAUUUGACAAAACACAAGCACAUUCAUGCGGGAGAUAAACCAUAUCACUGUGAUAUCUGUGGUAAAUCAUUUUGUGGAAGUAGUAAUUUAAUUAAGCACAGACGUAUUCACACAGGAGAGAAGCCAUAUCAUUGUGAUAUCUGUGGUAAAUUAUUCUCUCAGAACAGUCACUUAACUACUCACAAGCGUAGUCACACAGGAGAUAAACCAUAUCACUGUGAUAUUUGUGGUAAAUCAUUCUCUCAAAAAUGUAACCUCAUUACUCACAAACAUUUUCAUACAGGAGAAAAACCAUAUCACUGUGAUAUCUGUGGUAAAUCAUUCUCUCAAAAAAGUCACUUAAUUGUUCACAAACGUAGUCACACAGGAGAGAAACCAUAUCACUGUGAUAUCUGUGGUAAAUCAUUCUCAAGUAAUCAUCAUUUAACAACACACAAACACAUUCAUACGGGAGAUAAACCAUAUCACUGUGAUAUCUGUGGUAAAUUAUUCGCUCAGAACAGUCACUUAAUUACUCACAAACGCAUUCAUACAGGAGAUAAACCAUAUCACUGUGAUAUCUGUGGUAAAUCAUUCUCUCAAAAUAGUCACUUAACUACUCACAAACGUAGUCACACAGGAGAUAAACCAUAUCACUGUGACAUCUGUAACAAGUCAUUCCUUCAAAAUGGAGACUUAACUACUCACAAACGUAUUCAUUCAGGAGAAAAACCAUUUCCCUGUGAUAUUUGUGGUAAAUCAUUCUCUCAAAAAGGUAACCUCAUUACUCACAAACGUUUUCAUACAGGAGAAAAACCAUAUCACUGUGAAGUCUGUGGGAAAACCUUCUCAGGAGGUAGUUACUUCACUACUCAUAAACGUAUGCAUACAGGGGAGAAACCAUAUCACUGUGAAAUUUGUGGUAAAUCAUUCUCAAGAAGUCAUCACUUAACAUCACACAAACACAUUCAUACAGGAGAUAAACCAUAUCACUGUGAUAUCUGUGGUAAAUUAUUUGCCCAAAAUAGUGACUUAACUUCUCACAAACGUCUUCAUUCAGGAGAGAAACCAUUUCCAUGUGGCAUUUGUGAUAAACCAUUUUCCCAAGAUACUCACUUAACUAGCCAUGUAUGUAUUUAUGCAGAACAAUAGCUUCAUUAGUGAUGAAAUUUGGCUCGUAGUGAAUAAAUUUGAAUAUAUGGAAUACUUGAUUUUUGAUCAUCAAAAUAAUGUUUACGUGUUUUAGUUUGUUCAUAAAUUUGUGUCUAUAUGUUCAUGCGUUCACACUUAUGCAUGCAUGAAUGCACACACACGUGUAUGAGCAUAUACAUCAAUAUAUAAGUCUGCAUCUCAUAAACAUGUGGCCUCACGUAAAACCACAAAAACAACCCAACUCCAACUGAGCUAAAUUCCUGCUAAAAGUUGCCAUUCUUUUUUUUUUCUUAACCCCUUAACCCUUUUCAUGCCAAUCUGCCCAAAACUCUCCCAGGUUCUAUGAUAUACAUUUUCUGC